AAAACCGCAACCAUUGAUUCCCCAACCACAGAUACGGUGGGGUUGGAACCCCCACCGAAGAAGAAUUUUUGCAAGAACUGCCUUCGUUUCUACCUCACUGCUUUCUUCACUCUUGUCGCAUGUUUCAGCUCUUUCGCAUUUUUAUUCCUUGUACCAUUUAUUAUAGACCCGGCCUUCUCCACUAUCUUUGCUGACUUUGACCCGGAGCCCAGAGUGUGUGUCACCAGGGAGUCCGAGUUUCUUUUUGGCGUAAGUAAUUGUUCUUGGUCUUCAUGUCGGGAGGGCUGCACCAAGGACGUCUUCCAGUGUUCACACAUAUUUGUCAAUUACAAAAAAGACCUCACUGGCGAGUUUACCAAUGUCAAUUACACAGAUGUCGACCGAAUAGACACAAUGGAAUGGGACAUAAUCGAUGCUAAACUAUACCCCAACAUCAAAGGAUGUGGUUAUCCUCCCUCCAUCAACUGCACUCUCUUCAACAAGAACUACAGCACACCAGGGAGAACUUUCCCCUGUUACUACUCCAAAGAACAGCCCCUGCUGGUCCUCACUGGUGUUGACAUCGAAGGCAUCAAGAAAGACCUGAUCUACGCCAUCAUCAUACCUUGGGGAUGCUUUCUGGUGUCCGUACUCUACCUCCUCCUUACCUACGCUGGAAUGAGGAAGCCAGAUGCCGAGGGUGACCAGCCACAGGAGGUUAGUUCGGCCAAGGCAUCAAAGGAAGCCUCCAAUUAUUCCCUACGGUCCAUUGGCAAGACCAUCAACCAGGGAAUGAACAAGCUAAGAGGCGAACCCGACGACAAAGGCUAUGGACCAACGUUAUAUCGUGUGCCGAUACCCAGCAGUCACAGGGAACCAACUGAAACCUCCUUCCAAGAGGCUGAAUUUGCGGAGAGACCCUUAACAUGAAGAUUGGGCCAGGGAGGACGAGCUGAUGGCAAAGAUGGUGUUCGAAGAUUCUGAAGAUGAUGGUGAAGAUGAAGAUGGUGAAGAUUGUACAGUAGUGGAGUAUUUGUAAAGAUGGUGCUAGGAGGUAUUUGAGAUGGUGAAGAUCGCAUUAGCAAGUAAGGAUAAAGGAAGAAGGGAAAGACAGGUCAGAAAGACAACAAUAAAUGAGGGAAAGGAGGAUGGUGUGAAAAAUGGUAGCGAUGGUGAGGAGGUUGUUAGUGGAUAGUGAGUAUGGAAGUGAAAGUGAUAGAAGAUAGUGAGGCAACAGAAGACAGUGAGAAAGUUCCUUGAAGGUGCUGGAGAUAAGACCUGGAGGUGGUUCAAGGUGCUGGAGAUAAGACCCGAAGGUGGUUCAAGGUGCUGGAAAUAAGACCCGGAGGUGGUUCAAGGUGCUGGAGAUAAGACCUGGAGGUGGUUCAAGGUGCUGGAGAUAAGACCUGGAGGUGGUUCAAGGUGCUGGAGAUAAGACCCGAAGGUGGUUCAAGGUGCUGGAAAUAAGACCCGGAGGUGGUUCAAGGUGCUGGAGAUAAGACCCGGAGGUGGUUCAAGGUGCUGGAGAUAAGACCUGGAGGUGGUUCAAGGUGCUGGAAAUAAGACCUGGAGGUGGUUCAAGGUGCUGGAGAUAAGACCUUAAGAAAAAGUUAUGAAGUGAAAGGUGAUGGAAGAAGUUAUUGAAUGGAAGACGAUGGAAUAUACAGACGUUAAGGAACGAAAGAUGAAGAAAAGGUAUGGGAAUGGAAGAUACUUGAAGUUACAGAAUUAAACAAAAAUAAAAACAAUUAUAAAGUAUACCAAGACUAAAAACUUUGAAAUGUUAAAAUGUACAGAGCUGGGAUCCUGAAAGUGCUCACAACUGUUUUCUACCCUUCACAAGCCAAACACCCCGACAACAAAGACACCGAGAGUCAAGUACUGUAGUAGCUUUUUAUUAUCUACCAUAGCAAGAUUUAUAGAUAGCUCUGAGAGAGAGAGAGAGAGAGAGAGAGAGUAUUUAGGACAGUGUUAUUAUAGUUUGUUAAAAAUAGAAAGAGGGUUAAAUAAGACAUAUAAAUGACAAGACCUACAAAAGCUACAGUGUAAGGAGUAAUUAGAAUAUGUAAUGGUAUAUUUAUAUAUCUAGUGUCUUUUAAAACUUGGGAUGGAGAAGUUUUAAAAUAGUUACUCUCGUCUUCACAUUCGGUACAUCCUGAUUUAGCUAUAGCUGAAGGAAGCUCUAUCCCUCGUUUGGUUGUCACCAAGUCUGGUAUGUUAUGGAAAUAAAUUCACAGACUGAAAUUUCAUCGCUUGGAUUUGUAGUUCUAUCUCCUGCUAUGUGUUGAUAAAUAAGUGUCAUCUAAGAACACCAAAGCAUCCCAGACUUGGCAAACAUCCACCUGCAACUCUCAUUAUACUUGCUGUUCUCCAUGUACUGUUUAACUAGGUGAUAUUCUGUCUUCUACCUCUUUGUCACCCCUGGCCAUCCGCCCCUCCCUCAGGCCCUGACUACAGUGAGACAAUAACAAGCAUUGCAUGUAUCCAACAGCUACUUGGAAGUGAGGUUUCAUGUAUUAUUAUUAGUAGUAGUAUGCAGUAGAUUUCUCAGUGAUGUGCUGAUGAAUAUUUAGGAUGAGUCAUACCUAGUAUUCAUCAGUGAGUGACAGAGAAAACAUUUUGUUGUAGGUUCAUGGAAUAAUAGUAUAAUUUCAGUUCAAGAGAUCAUACAACUCCACACACAAUUCAAUCAACCAGAUGCAGCACCUGAGUAUAUUGGAUGCAAUUUUCUACUAAAUAUAGCCAAGAGUUUCUAUGAGCAGUUUCUGAAUACUGUAAUCACAUGCUGCAGUUUCACCUUCAUUUUGCCAUAUACAGUAAUGCUCAUGCUAAAUGUCAUUAUACUGCAACACUAUUGACAAUAGGGCAUAUGACUUAUUUACUUGAAAAACUGAAUAUUUGCAUUAGUAUACAGUACAGGUACUUGAUAUGAAUGUGUGUGUAUGAUCUCCACCCCUCAAGUAAACUCACCAAGAGUAAAUUAAUUCCCACACUCUCAGUGAAAUUGUGUACUGUACUGGAAGUUCUUGUUUCAGUAACUUCAGGUGCCAUUAUCCUCCAAGGGGCAUCUGAUCCAUAGCUAUGAGACAGCAUGUGUAGUCUUGAGGCUACAAGUAUAGCCACAUGACUACAUAUGUUUACCCUCAAGACAACAUACUGCAUGUGUAAACUAAAGGCACAAAUUUGUAGCUGUGAGGCUGAAAUGUUUAGUCAUCAUGCCUCUAGCAGUAACAGCAGCAGCAUACUUCAGUGUUGUAAAUUUGGACCAGAAUCAUGGCAUCAUUUGUCGUUCAUGUUAGUAGUAGAUGUCAUAAAGAAAUUGUUUGCUCAUAAUUUGCGAGUCUCCCACUGUGACACUGAACGUGGAAGAAAAACUGGCAUUGAAAGAAAAGAUUGCAAAAAACUGGAUGACAGAUCAGGUAAUGGAUAAUUUUCUUGAAUCAAUAGCAUUCAGUUAAAAGAAUAAAGAAUGUGAUGGUUGGGUAUUCUUAACUUUUCAGCAGGCAGGGGCUUCCCUCAGCUGAAUAAAAUCAGUUGGAGUUAACCAGAAUAAAAUCGUCUGGCACUCACCACAAUAAAAUACCUAAGUUAUUCUUUGCCCCCUAAAGGGUUAAGCUAACUCAUGUUCCUAAAAACAGCACAAAUGGACCAUAGACCACGUAAUGGGUUAAUUAAUGAAUACAGUAAUCUUGAGUAUAGACAUGUGUCCACUUCUCCUGAGAGAAACAAUGAAAAUAAUGUUUAAGAGUGAUUGUCUUAUAGAACAAGGAUUCCAUGAAGGCCACUUUUCUUCCAUAGUCAAUUCACAUGUGUGUGUGUGUUUGUGUGGCAGAUGGUUAUAUUUUCAUGUAAGCAAGUGACAUUGCCCCCCUCCCCCUUUCUUGGUGCUAUUUUGCGCAAACAGACUUACAAGAACAUACAAUAAAUGAAAAAGACAUUGGAAUUUAUAGUCCAUAGAAAUACUGUAAUACCCUGUAUAUAUAUAUAUAUAUAUAUAUAUAUAUAUAUAUAUAUAUAUAUAUAUAUAUAUAUAUAUAUAUAUA